AUGGUGGCUAGGGUGCUAGCUAGCGACAAAGGGCUUGUUAUGGUCGUGGAUGGGUUCGAUGAAAUCCCAGAAGGUGACCAAACCACUUUCCUCGACUGUCUCGAGAAAUUCGAAAAAGAGCAGAUGGGAGGGCAUGGGCGCCCUGGCCUUGGCGUCCUCGUGCUGUCACGAUGGUGUGACAGCCUGAAUGAUAAGAGGCGAGGGUUCACCGUGUACGAAAUCACAAAGAAGGACAACGAGCAAGACAUCCGGAACACCAUCAGGGAGACCCUGCGUGGGUUCGCAAGGCAGGCCGAUUACUCGGAGCAGUUCCAAAACGAGCUGUGUGACGCCGUUACAAACGGCGCCCAGGGGACCUACCUGUGGGCCACCGUCAUGAUGGCCGACAUUAGGAUCAACAGGCCUAGGCAGCACCAGUUGGAGGAACAGCUAAAGCAACUCCCACGAUCGCUCGCCGAGCUCUUCGACAAGAUUAUCGGCAGCAUCGAGUUAAGAAAGGACACCUCCUGGGACACGACGCGGAACGUCCUUUUAUGGGUGGUGUUUGGCCUGGAGCCCCUGGGACUGCAAGAGCUGAACGCCGCCCUUGCCUUGACCAAUAUUUACCAAGACCGACUCGGGAGGGCCCUGGGACUGCAGGAGUCGAAUGAUGCCGCUCUUGCGGCCAUGGACGCCCCUCACAUCGAGCGCCGGCUGAGCCACCAGUUCAAAGCCCAUCUGGCCGUGGCGUGUGGCCAGCUCCUCAGCAUCUCGCCCACGAACCACGUCACCACCGUCCACCGGGCCCUGACCGACUACCUGACCACCACACCCGCGUGGUUUAAGAGCAAACGGUGGGACAUUUCCCACCACGAGAGCAUUUACACGCCGCCCAAGGACGCGCACGCUAUGCUGGGGCACAUGUGCGCCGCGUACCUCUGCAUGCCCUCGUUCGAGGACGCGGGGGACCGGUAUCAGGAAGCGGACGAAGGCGCCGAGUGGGAGCUCAAGGUUAAGGGCCGGAUCGCGGACCACCAGCUCGUGAGGUAUGCCGCGCUGUGCUGGUCCCAGCACUUCAAGGCCGCCAAAGACGCCGGGCAUCACGACGCGCUUGCGAGCCGCCGCGGGGACAUGUGUGACCCGAAAAAUGGAUUAUGCAUCAGCUGGUCCGAGGUGUGGUGGUACUCCCGGGAGUGGCGGGCCCUCCCUUUCCCCCAGGACCCCGAGGAUAUCCAACGUCUGCUGCUCGAUGCCGAGCCGGCUGGAAACUCGCUGGUGACACCGACGGCGAACCAGCCUGGAAGGGAGCUCACAAAGCCGCCCCCGGCACAGCCCCCAGCACAGCCUAUGAGGCUGCUCCCAGGGCCGCCCGCAGAUGAGCAAACAGGGCAGCCCGCACAGCAAGACGUACCGCAGGAUGUACCGCGGCACCUACAGCAGCCCCUUCAGAACCCAACGGGGAGGUCUACAGAGCAGUCUGAUAAUGACUUGACGGAAAAGGAGCCACUCACAACCGUCGUCGAGGAGCCACUUGCACCCACCUUCGAAGAGCGCCCGCUUACACCCACCGUCGAGGAGCCGCUUACACCCAUCGUCGAAAAGCUACCAACACCCAUCGUCGGGGAACCACUUACACCCAUCGUUGGGGAGCCACUCGCACCCAUCGCCGAGGAGCCGGCGGCGUCAAAAGAGCAGCUUGUGGUGGAGCACGCGCCGGAAGAUCACCGCCUGCCCGGCUCGAAAACCCAGUUGCUCUCGGGAGAGAAGCCCGCCAAGCAGCAGCCAGCCCCGGGGCAGCCACACCCAAAGAAGGAAGUGGAGAAGGACAUGUCGCCCACAAAGGACCUGCCGCUCGCAAACAACUCGCUACCGGCGGCGGAGGGAAAUGGGCAGCAGCCCUUGGGGGAGGGCCAGCUACCCUCGGAAAAGCAGGCGGCCAAGCAGGAGCAGACCGGAGGAGACCAACAACCAGAAGGGGACCAGCCCGCCUACAAAGAUGAGCCGCUUCAGGAAAUUCAGGCCUCAUCGGGCAACCAGCCGGCCACAGAGGAGCAGCAGAUCACAGGGGAGCAGCCCCGCGAUAAUAAAUCACGGCGCUCGAUUAUGGACCGCCCGCGGUUCGAGAGGAGGCCCGGCGGUGGCGGGAGCGCCACCGGGCAGCGGCGGGCAGCCGGCCCCUUCCCAGCCCGGGUGGAGGGAUUCCUUCGCGUCCGGCAGCUCCGUCACCGGGCUCAGCUCGGUAGGCAGCAGCAUCCAUCUGCCCGAUUCCUGGGGGCGUUCGUCGCCUCCGACGACCUUGGGUGGGAGCCCCCCGCCACGGGAGACCUCCCCUGAGCCUCGGGAGACCUCCCCUGAGUCGCAUCCGCCCCCGCCUCCGCCUUCACCUUCACCUCCGCCACCGCCCACGAGCACGCCUCCGCCCCCGCCUCCGCCUCCACCUCCACCUCCACCUCCACCUCCACCUCCACCUCCACCUCCGCCUCCGCCCCCGCCCACGAGCACGCCCACGAGCACGAGCACGAGCACCGUGCGUCCACAGAGCCCCCGCGGGAGGACCUUGUGUGGGUGGCUGCUUUGCUUGCUGACAUGCGGCUGCUACUCGCAUUAACGUUCGGGGGGCACAAGAGGAGGCGUUGGUGGUGGAUGGUAUGAUACAUAGCGCUUUGCAUGCCCGCCCUCGGAAUAGGCAGCUCUCUUUUAUUAUCUCCUUGCCACUUUGCUCCCUUUUUCCUUGAGUUGAGCCGCUGCUAUUUUGGCGGCCUCGGUUAAUUCAUGUUCAGAAAUAAGGAUGUUGCAAGGGCCUUUGUACCCUUCUAUCCGCCCACCUUGGUACGUAUCAUGAUGUACCUAGCCAUCACAUAUUUCCUUUGUCUCGACAGUCCACCGUCAACAGGAGACAACAUGUAAGAAUAUCAGCUCUGGCUCUAGAGAGCGGCUUCAUCCAAGAUCAGGGGAAAUCAUAGCGAAGCAGUGCUAUAGCCUCAUCUAUUUCCCGUCCCGUGCCACAUGAGCGCCGCCUCGGGCUGAGCCACUCGCGUUGGGGUAAUAUUCGGCUCGUCGUUAAUGCAUAUGUCCUGCCGGCCCUUGACAGUUGACAUUGAUCUUGGUUUCUGCGC